AUGGCAAGCAGUCAGGCCCUGCUGGCCUCACACUACCCGCUGCGGGCACUGCCCUACUUCAGCCCCAGUUGCCAGGGAACCACUGGCUUCCUCGCUAACCUGGAUUUCUGUGUAGAUGGGCAGCCUUUGUCUCCCUGCCUCGGGCCCAUGCUGGACAUGGAGACAUCUGGGCUGGGGCCCAUAGCCGCUGCCAGUGACCUGGAGAGUCCCGAGGAUGAUGUGACCGCCCUUCCCCCCGGGACGAUGCCCGGCUGCCCACAGCAAGGGGCCCUCACAAGGCAUCAGAGUUUGCGGGUUCCAGGGCACCCACCGCUACUGGGGCCUCAUCAGAUGAUGUGGGCUGAGAUGAUCGAUGCUCUGCCUGCCUCUACAGCACCUUGCACGCCCCGUCCAGGCCUUGGCUGGCCACCAGCCACGGGCCUGAGGAUGAAGCUGGCUCCGCAGCACUGGCCCCUGUCCUGCCUUCUGAUGCUGCUGCCCUGGCCUCCAGUCAUUCCAACAUCGACAACACCUUGGCAGUGCCCACCAGGGGAGGAGCCCAGCCUGGACCUGGGCCAGGGUGCCCUGUGCAGGUCCUGCCCCUCUGGCACCUUCUCAGCCUCAUGGGGCUCUAGUCCAUGCCAGCCCCACACCUGCUGUGGCCUGCGAGGCAGGCUCGAAGCACAGGCAGGCUCGGUGACUCAAGAUACACUGUGUGGAGGCUGCCGGCCUGGGUGGUUUGUCCCUGAGGAGGCCCCUGAUGGUCCAUGCCAGCCCUGCUCCUGGGCGUCGCCGGGCACCCUUGGCUGUGAUGUGUGGGGACACCGGGCCCGGCGAGGCGUGGAGGUGGCCGCGGGAGCUGGCAGCGGGGAGACCCGGCAGCCUGGGAACAGCACGAGGGCGGGCGGCCCCGAGGAGACGGCGGCGCAGUACGCGGUCAUCGCCAUCGUGCCUGUCUUCUGCCUCAUGGGGCUGCUGGGCAUCCUGGUGUGUAACCUGCUCAAGCGGAAGGGCUACCACUGCACGGCCCACAAGGAGGUCGGGCCCCCCGGCGGCGCAGGCAGCGGGAUCAACCCCGCCUUCCGGGCUGAAGAUGCCAACGAGGAUACAAUUGGAGUCCUGGUGCGCCUGAUCACAGAGAAGAAAGAGAACGCAGCUGCACUGGAAGAGCUGCUGAAAGAAUAUCACAGCAAACAGCUGGUGCAGACAAACCACAGGCCUGUGCCCAGAUUGCCGCCAGGGCCCCCCAGCAUGCCACACACCUGCCCGCAUCGACAACACCUUCACACUGUGCAGGGCUUGGCCUCACUAUCUGGCUCCUGCUGCUCCCGAUGUAGCCAGAAGAAGUGGCCUGAGGUGCUGCUGUCUCCUGAGGCUGCAGCAGCCACGGCUCCUGCCCCCAACUUCCUGCCCAGCUCAGCCCGGGUUCCCAAGGCCGGGGCCAAAGUGGGUCGCCAGGGGGAGAUCACCAUCCUGUCGGUGGGCAGGUUCCGUGUGGCUCGAAUUCCUGAGCAGCGGACAAGUUCAGUGGCCUCUGAAUUGAAGACCAUCACAGAAGCUGGACCCUCAGGGGGCAAUUUCUCUGACUCCUCACAACCCGGGCUCCCUGAGCAGCGGGCACUGUUGGGCAAUGGUGGGAGCCAUGCUAAGUGGGUGAAGCCUCCCCCAGAGAACAAGGCCGAGGAGACCCGCUAUGUGGUCCGGCUAAGUGAGAGCAGCUUGGUCAUCUGA